CGCUACUAAUUAUAUUCAGAGGAAUUCUAGCUGUUUAGUAUCAGUUUUCUCUUUCAUUACGUCUAGAGAGUUUUCCUAAGGUUGAAACGUCCAUGAAAAAAAAUAGUCGCAUUCUGUUGAAGCGAAUUACCAUAAAUGAUUAUUGAAUGAUCAUUAUAAAUCACGAGGCUGCGCAGAACGUUUGGGAUUCGUGGACACACGUCAACUAGUUCUCUACAGACUGAUAUAUUUACUUAAUGCACCAGGGCCAUAAUUCAAUUAUCGAAACCUCCACAAUUACCUCUAAAAUCCAUUUACAUUCCUCCCCACGAAUAAAUUCCUCAAGACCUCGUACUUCUCCCCCAAAUUCAAGUGAUAAACAAAAACAUUUGGUGGGACUAACCUCAAAACGCCCGGAAGAUCGCCAUAAACCUCCGCACGAUGAUGAACUCGUCAGAUCCUCGUCGCCCUGACAAAGAAAUAAGGUACAAACCGUCAGUAGCAAGUGGCCAGACCCAGCCGGGGGAUGACUUGACACCAGACUACAUGAACAUCCUCGGCAUGAUAUUCAGCAUGUGUGGACUCAUGAUGAGACUGAAAUGGUGUGCCUGGGUCGCUCUCUACUGCUCCUGCAUAAGCUUCGCCAAUUCACGAGUGACUGAUGACACCAAACAAAUACUGAGCAGCUUCAUGCUGUCGAUAUCCGCUGUUGUCAUGUCGUACCUUCAGAAUCCACAACCGAUGACACCCCCUUGGGCAUCGGCGCUUCAAUAAUUCUCGGAAAUUCAUGAACUGUGUUUUGUUUACAUUUUUUCAAAGUUCAAUUAAAAUAUUAAGGAAAUUAAA